GAUACUUCGACGAGUUAAUGUCUCACAAGCUCACAAGUAACGGGCUGCAAUUCAGAACGUUCGCGUUGAUUGAUGAGGGUUUGUGCAUGUAAUUCUGUCGAAUAUAAACGUAGAAUUACAGCUACUUUACGAGUGAUACAUAAGAAUAAAUGCUAUGAGUAACUGGACAAUUUAUUUAUAAAUGUCGGUCUAAAUCUUAUUAUUUAUUGGAGAAGUACGUCUAUAAUUAAGCAAAUGUUGGAUAGCAGGAUUUGUAUGAGCUGUGUAUAUAUUGUCGUUAGCUUAAUUGUUAAUUUAUGUGAAAAUUAUCACUGAUCAUCAUGGAUGUUGAUUCACCUGUAAGUUUGAAACGAUCUAGCAGUGCACCAAUGAUAAACGAACUAAAUACAACCAUGACAACAGCAUCCACAUCGUCGACAAGGGACACUUUGUCAUUCAGCAUAUUUCCAGGAGGCCAGCCUAGGGCCCGCAGGUUCAGCGCAAGCUUCAGUCCAAUUCACAACACAGGAGGUUCUUCAGGACCACCGCGUCUCACACCCCGCGUAAGCCAGCUGAGGCAAGAAGAACGAGUAGAUAUGGGGAGGGAAGCUGCCCAUGAACGAGAGUUACACUCAGCAAUGCAAAUGUCCCAAUCGUGUGAAGACCUCACAAUUAUGUCUGGCUUGACCAGCUGCAAGUCAGAGCAGUUGGAGACUAGAAGGCCAGACUCAACACGAAUGGUUCAUCAGCUGCCGCCAUUACAUCUCAGCCUUCCCAUUUGCCCCCCAGUAUGCUCUUCCCCCUCACCAACACGGCCUGGCCUAGGUCGACAGUGUUUUUCACCAAGUAUCCAUAAUGCGACCUGGAAAAGCCUUUCACCUAGCCCAACAAGAAAAGCUUUCACAACAAAACGUAGCCAGAGUCCCAUUGCUAUGCGCCCUAGCUCUCUCGGUCCAGUGAAGCGAAAGUUUGAUUUAGAAGAAGAAAAGGCAGAUCAAUAUUUAUCUCCUCCAGCAAAACGACCAAAUAGUUACACUGUGGACAGGGGUGGGCUUCUCAUGGCCCAUUCAAACAGGCUGGAUGCAACAUCGAGUCCACUUCCUGGAUCCCUGAGUUCUGUUGGAACUCCCGAGUCACUUUCAAGUGCAGAUUCUCCCGGUUUCACAUUCCGACCAGUUGACAGCCCUUCUCCUGGACGUCCCGUUCUCCCAGUUACUGACGAACCGAUGCACGAAGAAAGACAGCCAGAACUUUCAAAACAAGAUCAAGUGAUGACUUCCGUGGAACAGAACCCAAGUUAAUCUCAUCUCAAUACUUUCUUCCUUGCUGUGCCAUAAUGGCUGGCUUCUAGUCCUGACUUACAAGUACUUUCCUGAGACUGAUGUAAUAUAUACUCUUACUACUGUUUUAUUAAUACUUUAUCUAUAUCAGUAUCGGGCAACUUGAUGAAACGAAGUAAUAACUGUUUAUGUUGUAGAUCACGUACUAUUGAAUAUGUAUUGUAAAUUUUAUUUACUGACCCAGGUGGGAGAGGAAAUGUACAGCACUAUGAGAAUAUU